AUGCCAACCGCCACCGUGGAUGUGAAGCCAUUAGCGGCAGGCGAAGUGGUGAAGGAGAUCGGUGUCAGUGUGAAGCCUAUGGUCCCUAGUGACAUGUUAAAAGACGUUCAUACUCAUGGAAAAUCUAGCGAAGGUGAUGGAAGAGAUGUUGAUUUGGUCGUUGGGCAAUAUCCUUGCACUGCAGAUGAUCACUUUGAGAUCCGUCUAAUUGAUGCAGUUGAAAAGAAUCCCUGCAUCUUCAAUCGAUGCCAUCCACUCCACAAAAUGUCAGACUACAAGAGUCAUGUUUGGAAUCAAGUAGCACAGCAGUUGUCAUUUACAGGUCCGGGAGUGGAACUGGAGAGGAAAUGGCGCCAUAUGCGAGAUCGCUACGUUCGUCUUCGAAAGAUCGACAAGACGAGUACGCCGCUAAAAAAGGGCGAUAAGUGGUACUACUACUACAAAAAAAUGUCAUUUUUGGAUCCAUAUAUUGAACAUCGAAACAGGCGGAAACGUGGAGAUCUUAUGGCGAGUCUCAUGAAGCUUGGAGGAAACGGUAUGUUUCUUUUUGACCGAUGUGACCCACUAAAGGAGUUCUACGCCAGUUUUGCCGAACAGAGCAUGGCUAUGCCGUUACCACUUGAUGUAGAGCACUGUGAUAAACAAUCCCAACCUAUGAGCACUUCGUCGAAAAGGAGAAAACUUGAAGAAAAUCAUGAAGACUAUAUUCCUGACACCGAGGUUUCCUUGUUCGUGCGUUCGAUUGAGAAGUCACUUAGUGGUAUGGACGCACGUACCUUUGCAUUAGCUCGACUGGAGAUCUCUCGGGUUCUGUAUGACUGUCAAUAUGGAGACAGGAAAGCGAACUAA